AAAACUGUAACUUCAGAGAAAGAAUUUUUUAUUAAACUUUUAUCUCCAAAUAGGUGGCGGUGGAGGCGGUGGAGGUGGAGGAGGCGGCGGUGCAGUGGUUACAACAACAACACCCUGUCCUACAACAACGACUCCCUGUACGACCACCACGACUCCCUGCACCACAACUACAACGACUCCUUGCCCCACAACUACGACUCCUUGUACCACAACUACAACUACCACAACCCCUUGUCCGACCACCACCACCCCUUGCACAACAACCACCACUACAACAACUCCUUGUCCGACCACCACCACCCCUUGCACAACAACCACCACUACAACAACUCCUUGUCCGACCACCACCACCCCUUGCACAACAACCACAACUACCACAACCCCUUGUCCAACCACCACCACCCCUUGCACAACAACCACAACUACCACAACCCCUUGUCCAACCACCACCACCCCGUGCACAACAACCACAACUACAACAACUCCUUGUCCGACCACCACCACCCCUUGCACAACAACCACAACUACAACAACUCCUUGUCCGACCACAACCACCCCUUGCACAACGACCACCACAACGACAACUCCUUGUCCGACCACCACGACUCCUUGCACCACCACAACAACUCCUUGCACCACAACAACUACUCCUUGCACUACCACAACCCCUCCCUGCACAACCACAACUCCUCCGUGCACGACCACAACCCCUCCAUGCGUGACGACGCCCCCUUGCGCCACUAAUCCACCAGCGGCCAAGUGUCCGGACUGUGUGAACUCCGCUUGCACAGUCAACGCGUGCAACCAGUCCACCCACCUGCCCUACCCAGGUGACUGCACCAGGUUCUGCCAGUGCGACCACAAUGGCGCCGUGGCAUUCACAUGCCCCGCU